CCACAGGGGUCCUUUGCGCUGAGUGUAAAUUGUGCGCGUGCCUUUAUUUUGAGUCUGAAGGGAACGUUAAUGAUCUCGAAUUUCAAUUCAGAUGUCUUUAAGUUAUUCAAUGUAGUACGUUAAAAUAUUACACUAAAAUAAUACGUACGUUGUCUUUCAGUGGUAAUUGAAUAGUUUUCGUAAAGUGUCAUAUAUGAAUAAUGGCAACUCAAGGUAAAUCUGUUUACAUACCGCGGUUCGGCUCUCAGUCGUCCCAAUCCCAAACCGACAACAAAGUAACUCUUAGCGGGCGAAUCUGCAGAUUAAGCAAGAGUAUGAAAAGGGUGACUUGUGUGUCGAGUUCCCUAACCGUGUCAAACGUCAAAAGUCCUGAAAUUACGCCAUGUUGUUCAAAAAUAGCGAAAACAAACUACCUUUUGAGGUUUUAUUGGUCAGCCAAGGCGAACAGAAAGACGGUACAGAAAUCAACGGAUACUCCGAUGACAUCUAACGGCGAGAAAUCACAGAGCGUUAAAGACCAAGGGUCCUCGUCGGAUUAUUUUGAAUUUCCACCUGAAGAUGCUCAAGCAACGGAUGAAAAGUCCCGAAUAAAACAGGACGUAUUGAGGACAAUAAGGAGAAUGAUAGAGGAGAACAGGGUCAUCAGACAGAGAUUACUCGCCUUGAGUCAGAUGAGCCAAACCAAGUGAUCUUUAGACCAUAGUGAUGCCACAUGUGAGUUUUGAAGUAUGCCAUUCGUCAUAUGCAAGCUACAGCAGUUUCUUAAAAAAAUUGUUAAAUGCAUUUGUGCACCCUUUUACAUGAUUGUUUUACACUAGUUAGGGUUAAGAUUUAUAUAGUUCCACUUAAUGCUUAUUGUUCUGUGCAUGUUCUAAGAGUUUCAUAUGCAUUCUAUGAAUCUAAAACACAUUUUCAGUAAUCAAACACAUUUUGAAGCUUUGGAAGAAAUUAGCCAUGUGUUACUGAUGACCACUAGAUGGUGAUGUUUUCCCAUGUAAGAUCAGCUUUGUAUUUUGCAGCUCACAUUAAAGUAAAAUACUGUUAACUUUACACUUGCUUAGUAUAGUAAUAAUUUAGUUUAGUAUUCAUAAACAGUAUGCCCCCAGUCUUUGCAGUGGGUACAUAAACAUUUGCCUUUUGAAACUGUAAACUGAGAACCAAGGCUGUUAAUUUAUGCCAAUGAAUACUGGUUAGCAAAUGUAUAUUUAUGUGUAUAUAAGACUGUUCUUGUAAAACACUGUUGUUGUUUUUACUUCAAUGUUUUAUCCAGCUAAAAUGCAACUGUGAAUGCUGUGGUACCGCAUGUAAUUUUUGUCAAGUCAUUUGUUUUAAUAAAAAGACUUAAAAGCAUUAAAAUGUAA